AUGGCUCACGAGAUGUUUCAUCACCUAAAGCACCAUAAAGGGGAAAAAUGUCAGAUGGCUUUAAAGCUAGACAUGGAAAAAGCUUUUGAUUUUAUAGAAUGGAAUUUCCUUUUUGCUGUCAUGAGAGUCUUGGGCUUCAACUCGACCUGGAUAAAUCUUAUAAAGGAAUGCAUUUCAACGGCCUCCUUCUCUAUUCUCAUCAAUGGUUCCCCAAAAGGCUUCUUCAAUGCACAGAGGGGACUUCAGCAAGACUAUAAUGACAAUGAGAAUUCAGGAAUUGUGCCUCUGUUAACAUGGUAUCAGAGCUGCUCGACUAGCAGUCUCAUUGAUCCAUGGCCACGCACUCAGGUUCAAAUCACAGCAUACCUUAGAGGGCAAGAUCUCUACUGCUAUGUUGAUGGUUCCCUUCCAAGUCCUCCAAAAUUUCUUGAACCAACCAAGCCAAAUCCAGAAUUUCUUACCUGGACUAGAGUUGAUCAACUAGUUCUUAGUGUUCUUUUUUCUUCGUUGUCAGAUUCUAUCCUUGGCCAUGUGUUAUCUUCAUCUACUGCCCAAGCACUAUGGCUCACACUAAACUCCAUGUUCACCUCUCACUCUCAAGCCAAGGAAUUCCAAGUUCGUUUCCAACUUACUAAUCUCUCUCGUGGAGAUCAGUCCAUAUCCGAUUAUUUUGGUAAAGUAAGAUCACUAGCAGAUACUUUGGCAGCUAUUGGAAGUCCUCUCCAUGAUAAAGAAGUAGUUACAUACCUGCUUUCAGGACUUGGCCCAACCUAUGAGUCAUUUGUUACCUCAGUGACCACUCGGUCCGAUCCCCUUACCACACAUGAACUUUAUCAGCUUUUACUUAUUCAUGAGAAUCGCAUGAGUCAUAACUUAAAAAAUAUCUUUGAUCCCUCUGUCAACUACACUACUAGUGCGGGUCGAGAUCAACGUGGUGGGAGAUCUUAUUUUCGUGGUGGUAGACAAGGCAAGGGUUGA